AUGGCGGCGGUCAACGACAGUCAAGGAGGCUGGACAGAAUGGUUCGAUAGAGACGACCCUUCUGCAUCUGGAGACUGGGAAACUCUUUGCAGGCUCCGCAAAGAGAACCCUGGAAAGAUCUGCCCUAGACCAGCAGCUAUCGAAGCCAAGACUCUAUCUGGGCUCACUGUGGCUGCAGCAGGGGACGUGAUUUACAAAAAUGACAUAACUUCAGGAUUUAUCUGCAGAAACAAAGACCAGAUCAACAAUAAGAAGUGCAACGAUUAUCGUGUUCGCUUCAGCUGCUAUCCCCCCUUUUGUGAAAGAGGAGUGUGUUGGACCAGCUGGUUUAAUCGCGAUGAUCCUGGCACAACAGGAGACUGGGAGGUUUUAAGUGAACUGAAGAAACAAAACAAAAUUUGUGACAACCCUCUGUAUGUGGACGCUGUUACCACUGACACGAUGACCCCAGCCAUCUACACAGGGGAGACCUUUUACAUGUACAAUCCAACUGAUGGAUUUGUUUGCCGCAAUAAGGACCAGACUACUGGCAAGUGCAGUGACUACAAAGUUCACUUUGGAUGCCCAUGUAACAACUGA